AUGGAGCAACACGACUUACUAUUCAUUGUCGAUGCGUCAAGCCAUGAAAACUGCUAUCUACAAUCGCUGAACAUCUCUCUCCCUCAAAUAAUUUCGAUUUCCGAUCAAAAGGGCUACUUUUCACGAAUCGGGGUUCUCAUAUACCGCGACUACGAAUACAAUAGGGUCACCGAAUGGUCAGGAUGGUGGAGUCAAGGGCAACAUGAACCUUCGCAAGAGCAACAACCCGACCUAAUCGCUUUCGUUAAAAGAUUCUACAUAACUAGGGAACGCAAGUGCCAUACGGCCGUCAAGACAGCUCUUGCAAAAGCCUGCGAAAUUAUGCGCGCGAAUGCGAAAACACUGAUAUUUCUUUACGCUGAGAGACGCCCUGAUCUACAUCAGUAUCCCACGUCAAUGGAGAAAACUGCCCUGCUGGCCCCGGGAUCCUACUCCAAAUAUGGUCCCGCAUGUGUGGAUUGGGUGUCAGCAUGUAAUACCCUUCGAGAUGGGCCGAAACAAGCACAGGUCUUUUCUAUCCUUAAUGAACUUGUGACGGAAGGGAAUGCUGCCUGGUACACCUAUCUGUCUACCAGGACAGAUGGGACUUGUGUGCAAGUGAAAAGUUACUUUCCGAAGGACAUUGCUAAGGUGACUAUUAAUCUGCUUCUAGCAUGGAUGGGAGUGGAGAAAGCUCCUUUCUCCAUCGACGAAGACCAAGAAGAGGAUUUUUCUGCAGAGCUGUUACGCUAUAUCUCGGUCAGCGAAAUUGAGUGUCUUGACAAUGAAAAGGGUAUGAGCACCCAUCCAUAUUUCUGGGCCAUUGUAAGGUGGAUAGAUCGCAAUGAGAACAUCACCAGGGUGAAGUUGACUGGGAAUGUCAUGAAAGAAUGUGUUCCCAGAAAGACAGCCCCUAUGCCAGACUUUGCUGAAGAGAUCGCAUCUCUCAUCAACAGUGUUCCUGACACAGAAAUGUAUCCUUGCGUCUUCCUUGACCCGACACUGAGCUUUGCCAGCAUAAAUUAUGGCGCAGAAGAGAGGAGGAAGAGAGACAUCUCAGAUCUGACUCGAUCUGAGCUUUUGCAAAUUGGCCGAUCUUGCAACCCCGAUGUCCUUCGGCGGUAUGGUGCUAUCCUGACCAGAUUGACUAUCGUGUCAUCGGCGCGUGAUAUGCCUGACCAUAUAUCCAAUACUAAUUCCGAUCAUGUGCCCAAGAUUCCAUUGGUACUGUCCUUCUCCACACCAUUGAACCGGGAACGAAACUGCCCUCGAUCUGCUGCUCUUCUCGCUACCCUCAGUCUGCGUAUGGGGAUUGUGCCUCUUUUAAAAGCAGCAGAGCAGGAGAUGCUCGCAUUCAAAGAUAAAUGGAAUGACCUUUUGACGCCGCAGACAUGGAAUCUCGGAUGCUUGACACUUCUCAUCGACGCCGAUGAAGCACACCAGAGACAUCUAGAUAUGGAUCUGACCGACAACCACUCCCGGAUCUUGAAUCCCACUGACAGAAUACUGUUUGAACGUCUGGUUACUUGCAAACUUCUGGAACAGGCGAUCUGGAUUCAACUAAAAGCUCGAGUGCCAUGGAUUCCGAACAAUACACUCGCAUCAGUUGGACCACUAGUGACAUGCCGAGAGUGUGAGUAUCCUAGAUCCGUCACUAUAAUGGGAGCCGAUGGAAAAUGCGGUCUUUGCCUCGGCGAAUACGUCGACGAGAAGGAGAAGGAAAUAUGCAUCAAUACAGGAGUCUCAAAGGACGUAACCGCCACUUCCAGAGUCACCUGGGUCGAAUGUACAUCAAUCUCCUGCCGAGCCCAAUACGUUAUCUAUAGCCCUUAUUUGGUGGCCUCUCUCGCGAAAUGCCAUUACUGUCGAAGCCAAGGGUCUCCUGCCCCAACCGUCCAGUGUAAAAAGUGCUCAAAUCAUAUGAUCUGGCCCGAAGAAUACAGGCCUUCCGCGUUCAAAGAGUCAGACUUCAUCUGCCCCCCUUGCACGUCAGGCCUUGUCCCAACAGCCAAGAUCGAAGUGACACCACAUGCACUAUCAGCCGAGAACACAUACUCCUGGCUAGUCCAAGAUGCAAAUGACCGGCAAGCAUGGCCCUUCCGGGACGACUCCAUCUUCCAAACCAUCAGUAGAAUGGGCAGUGAAGGAUUCCUUUCCAGAAUCAGUCUUUCCCCUUCAUCUAAGUCCCAGCUACGCUACAAUGGAAAACUGAUCCACAAUUCCAAGGCGCUAAUCUCAAUCCUCCAGGACCGAGUCGCAAUCAGCAAAGCAAGCAACGCAAAAUGUUCGAUGUGCUUCCAUAGAUAUAUGUGCUUAUACCCAGCCUGUGGACGGGAUGGCUGCCGCCAAAAAAUGUGUAGCGUCUGCUUGUUAGUGUGGUACAAGUACAACUCUGCAGGCUGUGUGAUCAACCCUGCGGUGCUGGGAUGUCCGUUCUGUCGUCGAUACCCCACUCUUCGCCUAGUAGUGAAGUAUGGAUUGGGUAUUCAUACAGUUAAAGAUUUUUCCAAAGCAGUCUGUGGCAAGGGAAAGUUCAUUUACGCAUGGUGCAGGAAAUGUAAUACUGCCAAGGUGGUGAUGGAGCGGAGUUGUAUGCUUGGCAAAUCUCUCGAAUUAACGGACUGGGUUUGUCAUGAGUGUCGCGAAGCCAUAAAGAGAAGGCAGCGCCAGAUGGUAGAUAAUGACUGA